GCCAUUUGGCCUGUCAGUGGGACAUUUGCUGUCAGGGUGCCGAGAUCGUGAGAAAAUAUUAACUGAAUUUUAAACAUAUUUUAACUAAUUUCCAUAGUAAAUUGUAAUAUAAAUUAGUUUAUAAAAUAUUGUACUAGCAUUUGAAAGUUUAAUUUUGUGCAGGCGACGUGUAAACACUGUGGUAUUUGUGGUGAAAAAUCAAUGUGCAUUUUCCACCUCAGCACCAUAGUUUCUUUCGGGCUUCCGUCGCUGAAAAUCAACUCCCGGACUUGGGGAGGAAGAUACGCGGCCAUGUUAUUUUAGUCACAACUAAAAGUAUCAUAAAUAUAGUACAGAACUUUAGGGUGAGAGUGGUUGGUGGUGUUUUUGUUGUGGGGAAACAUUUUUUUGGGAGGUCUCUGGAUCUCUAUGACAUGCUACCACCUGCUUUGUCGUACAAUCUCGGUGAAAAGAUGAAUUCCCUUUAUGAAAAUACAACUCGUAGGGAUAUCAGGGAUAUGGUACAUGAAGCUAGAAUUCAAACACAACUUCUUGCAAAGGAAGCGAAGGAUCGCUUCCACUCAGGCACAGAGACAGAUGAAUCUGAAAAUGAUCAGGAUCACAUGAGGCAUCACAUAAAACAUGAGAAGGAUGGUGAAGAACUAGUUUUCCACACAAGCGGUGUUAAUCUGGACAAUUCAGCUGUACGAAAACGACGUGGGAACUUGCCCAAACACUCUGUGAAGAUUCUCAAACGCUGGCUCUAUGAACAUCGAUACAAUGCCUAUCCGAGUGAUACGGAGAAGCUGACACUGUCACAAGAAGCAAAUCUGACGGUAUUGCAAGUUUGCAAUUGGUUCAUCAAUGCACGUCGUCGAAUUUUGCCUGAAAUGAUACGUCGUGAGGGCAAUGAUCCACUGCACUAUACCAUCUCAAGGCGGGGCAAGAAGUUGGCCAAUAUCAAUAUGCACAAUAGUGUCCAGCUAAUGUCACCGCAAACCAUCACCGGUGACACGAUCGAGAAUGAGGUGAUUGUGGGCGCCACGGAAGAAGUAGAGGGCGAAGAGGAAGUUCACGAGGGAGUGGCCACAGUUCUCACAGCUCUAGGACAUCAAUUUGUCCAGACCACUGCUGGUGGCAUGGUUAAAGUGGAGAGGGAUAUUGAUUAUGAUGAUAAUAUCAUCUACAAGUCAGAGGAUGAGAGUGGAAAUGACUAUGAAUCUUGCUCGCCCGAAGAGGAGGACCAGAACAAUUGGCAGGAAGUAAUGCGGUACACGGAUAAAGAUGGUGAAGAAAUUACUGAGGAGAUUGAAACUACCCCUGUAACCGGAUACUGGAGUUCAUCACAUCCACAUUUGGCACAUUUGCCGCAAUUGCCACAUCCUCUGACCUCAUCAACACCAACAGUUCCUGUCGGCUUGUCGCGUGUCCAGGUAAUGCCAGCUCAUCCGUCUCCGGUGCUGCAGCAGAAUUCUGAUUCAAAUUCCUCGAUCAACAACAAUACAUCGAGUGCUGCCCAAAUUGGUGGUGGAGCAAAUCACGUGACAAAAGCAUCAAUCAAUCUGUUACGGCGCAAUAAAGACAAAUUUAAAUGUCUGUACCUGUUGGUGGAGACGGCUGUUGCGGUGCGUCAGCGUGAAAAGGAACAGGAUGAUGUCCAUGUUUUGGGCAAUUGAACAACAAACAAAAUACGUGAGAGUCUUCAGUUUUCUCUGAAAAUCGUGAGAAUUGAAGGGGGAUUUUAAUGAAAUUUGGCAAAAGGAGGCAAAAAAUCUCAGAGGAUUCUCCCAUACACUGCAAGUUAAUUUAAAUUUAUAUUAAAAAAAAGAUAUAUUUGCAAAAUGAAUAUAUAAACUAUUUGUAGUUCUUUGUAUUUAACAAAACAAAAGAGAAAGAGAUAUCUUCUUUUUAUAAUUUUUUUUUGGAGAAAAUAGUGAAAAAUCCCACUUAAUGUGUCUACACAUUGAGAACAAUUUUCGUCAAAAAUUGCUUUUUUGAAGGAAAUUGGCUGCAGUGCUGUAAGCAGAAACGUCAAAAUUCUGUCAAAAAUACAAUUUUUGACAAAAAUUGCUCCCAAUGUGUAGAGGCCUUUAGAGAAGUUUUUGUUCUUUCAAAAUUUUGCAUUGAUAAUGAAAUAGAAUAAUAUGGAACAAGUUUUAUUUCUACAAAGAAAAUAAAUAUUGAAUAGAGUGAGAAAUAAUUGUAGCAGUCUUAUAUAUAUAUAAAAAAAGGAAAAAAAAUCAUGAGAUAUAAAGCAGCAAUGAGACGAAAAAGAACUCUGUAGGAUAAAUUAAUUAAGAAUUUUAUUGCAGAAGUAAUGUAGAGAUUAUUUUAAGGAAUUUCAGUCAGGAGAAAGGAUUUUUUUUAUUGUAAUUCAAUUUGUUACAUAUUCAUCUUAACUAUCGUUUUUAAGUCAGUAUAAAUAUAUUAUUUUAUAUAAGAUAUUUCCAUAAAUUGCAGAUAAAAUUUCAAAAGAGAGAAAUAACUAAAAGAGAAUAAAUGCAAAAAUAUCAAUUUUUCACACAAUAAAUAGAAUAGCUUAUAAUAAAAACAAAUAACCUAAUAAUUUAGAAAAGAAAAACAAUAUACUGUUGAUAAUUUUUGUGUCUUUCAUCUCAAUUGUUAUUUAAAUGUUUUGGAUUUAUUUUUUAUUUGUAGUACAAAUUAGAAAUUUUUCAUUUGGUCUUUUUUCGCUCGAAGGGUGUUGGUUUUCAGCUGAGGGGAACCACAUAUUUGUCAUCAUUAUAAAUGUUGUAUAUAUAAAAAAGGAGAAAGAAAAAAAUUUGAAAUAUACUUUUUAGUGAUAAUUUACUUAGACGUUACGUUCUUCAUGUAUAUAACAAUAUUUCAAUAGUUUAGCUUUUUCUCAACAAUAAUUUGUCCUUUCUAAUUAUGCAAUUUCUUUUCCUACAUCAUUUGACUUAAUCCAGGUUUUUCACUUUUUUUUAAGGCGAAAAAAUUAAGAAUACGUACAGAUCGUGCAGAUGAAAUUAUAUAUUUUAUGGAUCAAUAAAGUUUUAUUGAGUAAUUGCAAA